AUGCCCGAACGUAUAAUUAAAGUUGCUGGUAGAAGGUCAAAAUUGGCUGUAAUCCAAUCGGAGCAGGUGAAGGGGAUGAUUGAGUCAGAGUUUCCGGAAUAUCGAUGUACAGUUUUGGCGUUGCAAACUUUGGGUGACCAAAUUCAAUCAAAACCGCUUUAUUCCUUUGGUGGAAAGGCAUUAUGGACCAAGGAGUUGGAAGACUUAUUAUAUGAAGAUAAGGAGAACAGCAUCGACUUGAUAGUACAUUCAUUGAAGGAUAUGCCAACUCUAUUGCCUGACGGGUUUGAAUUAGGUGCGAUAACGAAGAGAGUGGAUCCUAGUGACUGUAUUGUGAUGGCGGUGGAUAGCCCUUAUAAAUGUUUGGCAGACUUGCCAGAAGGGUCCGUGGUUGGUACUUCUAGUAUUCGUAGAUCUGCUCAGUUGAAAAGAAAAUUUCCCAAAUUACAAUUUGAAAGUGUCAGGGGAAACAUACAGACUAGGCUAAAAAAGCUCGAUGAUCCGGAAACCGAAUUUGUUUGCAUAGUGUUGGCAACUGCUGGUCUCCUAAGGUUAGGAUUAGAAUAUAGAAUUACUGAACGAUUUGAUUCCUCCACCAUGUACCAUGCAGUUGGGCAGGGGGCAUUGGGUAUUGAAACAAGAACAAAUGAUACUUUUCUUAGACCGAUUUUGGACAGAAUUGCUGACAGAGAUAGCACCAUCUGUUGCUUAUCCGAACGAUCCCUAAUGAGAACCCUAAAUGGUGGAUGUUCUGUUCCUAUCGGCGUGGAAUCUGAAUUCGAUGAAGGUAUUUCAACUCUCACUUUAAAAGGAAUUGUGGUUUCUGUCGAUGGCAGUGAAGCUGUAGAGGAUUCUAUUUCAUUAGUAAUUGAAGAUGAUAAAGAAGAUGCUGUGAGGUGCGGCAGACUACUUGCAGAGAAACUAAUUGCAAAUGGUGCACAGAAGCUUUUAGACGAAAUUCAUUUACCAUCUAGUUAA